AUGUCAAAUUUUUGUAGAUCAGAUAAAUUGGCAGUGGAAAGGAAGCCUAUCGACUUAGCUCCAUUGAAGAAAGCCAACGUCCCUAUAUUCUUUAUCGUUGGUGGUCCUGGCUCUGGGAAAGGAACGCAAUGUGAAAAAAUUGUCGCAAAAUAUGGUUUGUCUCAUCUAUCAUCUGGAGAUUUGCUGAGGGAUGAGGUCAAAUCAGGAUCUCCCAGAGGAGCAAAGCUCACCAAAAUCAUGGAAGCUGGAGAACUGGUUCCAUUGGAGGUUGUACUUGAUCUCAUCAAAGAAGCGAUGCUGAAAGAAGUUGCUAAAGGUUCCAAAGGCUUCUUAAUUGAUGGCUACCCACGAGAGGUGAAGCAAGGGGAACAGUUUGAGAGGGAGAUCCAAGAGGCGAAAUCGGUGAUCUUUUUCGAUGUAUCGGAUGACAUCCUGGUUCAGCGACUUAUGCAUAGAGCCAAAACAAGUGGGCGAGCUGAUGAUAACAUGGAGACGAUCAAAAAGCGACUGAAGACCUUCACAACUGCCACUGCUCCAGUAGUAGACUACUACGAGAAGAAGAAGAAGCUCAUUAGGAUAAAAGCUCAGGGGACAAUAGAUGAAAUAUUUGCGGAGGUUCAGAAAAAUCUCGACAAAUUAAUACCAUCAGAUAAGGUAGCUGUGGAAAGGAAGCAUAUCGACUUAGCGCCAUUGAAGAAGGCCAACGUCCCUAUAUUCUUUAUCGUCGGUGGUCCUGGCUCUGGGAAAGGAACGCAAUGCGAAAAAAUUGUUGCAAAAUAUGGUUUGUCUCAUCUUUCAUCUGGAGACUUGCUGAGAGAUGAGGUCAAAUCGGGAUCGCCCAGAGGAGCAGCGCUUACGAAAAUAAUGGAAGCUGGGGAACUGGUUCCUUUGGAAGUUGUGCUCGAUCUCAUCAAAGAAGCGAUGCUGAAAGAAGUUGCUAAAGGUUCCAAAGGCUUCUUAAUCGAUGGCUACCCUCGAGAGGUGAAGCAAGGGGAACAGUUUGAGAGGGAGAUCCAAGAGGCGAAAUCGGUGAUCUUUUUCGAUGUAUCGGAUGACAUCUUGGUUCAGCGACUUAUGCAUAGAGCCAAAACAAGUGGGCGAGCUGAUGAUAACAUGGAGACGAUCAAAAAGCGACUGAAGACCUUCACAACUGCCACUGCUCCAGUAGUAGACUACUACGAGAAGAAGAAGAAGCUCAUUAGGAUAAAAGCUCAAGGGACAAUAGAUGAAAUAUUUGCGGAAGUUCAGAAAAAUCUUGACAAAUUAAUACCAUCAGAUAAGGUAGCUGUGGAAAGGAAGCAUAUCGACUUGGCUCCAUUGAAAGAAGGCCAAUGUCCCUAUAUUCUUUAUCGUGGUCCUGGCUCUGGGAAAGGAACGCAAUGCGAAAAAAUUGUUGCAAAAUAUGGUUUGUCUCAUCUUUCAUCUGGAGACUUGCUGAGAGAUGAGGUCAAAUCGGGAUCUCCCAGAGGAGCAGCGCUUACGAAAAUAAUGGAAGCUGGGGAACUGGUUCCUCUGGAAGUUGUGCUUGAUCUCAUCAAAGAAGCGAUGCUGAAAGAAGUUGCCAAAGGUUCCAAAGGGUUCCUUAUUGAUGGCUAUCCACGAGAAGUGAAGCAAGGGGAGCAAUUCGAACGUGAGAUACAAGAAGCGAAAUCAGUCAUCUUUUUCGAUGUACCCGAGGAUAUCUUGGUACAACGGCUAAUGCACAGAGCUAAGACGAGUGGACGAGCUGACGACAACAUGGAAACUAUUAAGAAACGGUUGAAGACCUUCACAACUGCUACUGCUCCUGUGGUCGACUACUAUGAGAAGAAGAAGAAACUCAUUAGGAUCAAAGCCCAGGGCACCAUCGAAGAGAUCUUUGCCGUUGUCGUACAACAUCUGGAUAAAUUAAUCGAGAAGAAGUAA